AGGAGAGAAGAAUGCAUUCUCCUUCAAGAAGUGUUCUGCUUUUCAGUUUGUGAAGAGAAAGGUCAGGAAGUGGAAGAUGUUGAGCCGUCACCACGGUGAUGCUAAGCAGAAGGAGGCGGAGUCUGUGGUGCACCUUGGGGGCGGACCAUGGGGGGUGAGAACCAACCACCAGCUGGCUAGCCCUGUCCUGCUGGAGUGCUGUGUCUGCAGUGGACCCUUCGUUAGCUAUGCUCUGGAAGAGGCCUGGCAGCCACGGCAACGCACACAGGCGAUGGAUCUGUACUACCAUAGUGAACCAGACCCAGAGUACUACUGCUGUCGCAACGACUCCACUUUUAUGAAACAGAGAAGAUUGGGGCUGAAUGACUUCAUUCAGAGGCUGGCAAAUAGUAACUCUGACACCUGCAAACAUCCUGAGGUUCAGUCCAUUGUCAACUUGGCUCCCCAACAACAGGAGGCUGAACUCAUGAACUCGAAUCCCUCUCCCCCUCCCAGUCCCUCCCAACAGAUGAACCUGGGCCCGUCCUCCAAGCCCACAGCCAAGCCCAGUGACUUCCACUUCCUGAAGGUGGUAGGGAAGGGCAGCUUCGGGAAGGUCCUCCUCGCCAGGCACCGAACAGACGACCAGUUCUACGCUGUUAAGGUGCUGCAGAAGAAGGCCAUCCUGAAGAAGAAAGAGGAGAAGCACAUCAUGUCAGAGAGGAACGUCCUGUUGAAGAACAUUAAACACCCCUUCCUAGUGGGACUACACUACUCCUUCCAGACCGCUGAUAAACUCUACUUUGUGCUGGACUACAUUAAUGGAGGAGAGUUGUUCUACCAUCUCCAGAGGGAGAGGUGUUUCUUAGAGCCCCGGGCCAGGUUCUAUACAGCGGAGAUCGCCAGUGCCCUGGGCUACCUCCACUCUCUAAACAUCGUGUACAGAGACCUGAAGCCUGAGAAUAUUCUACUGGACUCUCAAGGACACAUCGUACUCACAGACUUCGGGCUCUGCAAAGAGAACAUAGAACAGAACGGAACCACGUCGACGUUCUGUGGAACUCCAGAGUACCUAGCUCCGGAGGUGUUACACAAGCAGCCGUAUGACAGGACGGUCGACUGGUGGUGUUUAGGAGCCGUGCUUUAUGAGAUGCUGUAUGGCCUGCCUCCGUUCUACAGUCGUAACACAGCAGAGAUGUACGACAAAAUCCUGAACAAGCCCCUGCAGCUCAAACCCAACAUCUCUAACGCUGCCAAGCACAUACUGGAGGGACUGCUGCAGAAAGACCGCACACAACGACUGGGACACAGCCACGACUUUAAGGAGAUCAUGAACCACAUGUUCUUCUCCCCCAUCAACUGGGAUGCCCUGACCGCUAAGAAGCUCACCCCCCCUUUCAACCCAAACGUGACUGGCCCUAAUGACCUUCGUCACUUUGAUCCAGAAUUCACAGACGAGCCCGUCCCCUCUUCCAUUGGCUGUUCUCCUGACUCAUCCCUCAUCACUGCCAGCAUCACGGAAGCAGCCGAUGCCUUCCUAGGGUUCAGCUACGCACCCUCCAUGGGCUCAUACCUGUAGGAUAUCAUACCUGUGGGAUAUCAUACCUGUAG